UUCGUUGGCGGAGAGAGAACGUCUCUUUAUUAGGAAGACAAAAGAAAAAGGGAGGAGAGAGAGAGAAAGAAAGAAACAGAGAAAUUGCGAGAAGAGUUCGUCCUCUUUAAACAAUUCAAUUAUAACUCCCCAUUUUCUCCAUUUAUUUCUCUCUCUCUUCUUCUUCUCCCUUUUAGCGAUCUCUUCGCCCUUCUCCAGAGCUUAGGAAAUGGAUCAUGACGAGACUGGAUGCCAAGCUGCUCCCGAAGGUCCAAUCUUGUGCAUCAAUAACUGUGGAUUCUUCGGGAGUGUUGCCACAAUGAACAUGUGCUCGAAAUGCUACAAAGAUGCGGUUCUCAAACAAGAGCAAGCUAAACUCGCCGCAUCAUCAAUUGAAAACAUAGUGAACGGUAACGGUGGUUCAUCAUCAUCAAGCUGCAACAACAACAACAACAACAAGGAACCAAUUGUUGUUGAAACAUCAGUGGAUUUACAGCAACAGCAAGUCAAACCAAUAGAACUGAAAGUUAUAUCAAGCCCAAACAAGGCCCAAGUCGUUGCACCACCCGAGUCGGUGGUGGAGGAGAGUGGAGAUAACACCACCAAGCCCAAACAAGGCCCGAGUCGUUGCACCAGUUGCAAGAAACGGGUAGGGUUGACGGGUUUCAAUUGCCGGUGCGGUAACCUUUUCUGUGCCACACAUCGGUACUCGGACAAACACGAGUGCCCCUUUGACUACCGCACCGCAGCUCGUGAUGCCAUAGCGAAAGCUAACCCGGUUAUCAAGGCUGAAAAACUCGAUAAAAUCUAAGGUCGGUGUUUAUAGGUGUGAAGUGAAGUUCGAGCAUUGGAAAAAAAAAACACGAUGCAUCCUUUUCUCCAUAUUAAUCAAGAAGGUGGUGUUCCUUUACACAAAUUGGGGAAAUGGUGAGUUUAGGAUGGCUUUGCAGCUUCAAGUUAUUCUCUGUUUGUGAUUGCCUUAAAAGUUAAAAUGUUGUUGGGUUCCAAUUAAUCUAUCUAUAUCUCCUUCUACCUGUGCUGGUUUGAUGGACAAUUCUCUUAAAUUAGCUUUGUAAUGUGUCCUUUCUGGCUGGAAAAAAAAUGGCAUUACGAGUAGUUUAUGUGAAAAUUAUUUGUGUUA